GUGACAUGGCUGUGUACUACCAGCAGAAAUGUGAACACUUUUGCUGUGACUUUCUUCACAGACAUUACUCGCAGCCAUGAAGUCAAUUCUCAACACCGUCUCCAGGACGCCCGCCCUUCGCAGCCAGAUUCGUCGAACGAACCACCUCAGACUGCUGUCCAGCACUGCUUCGAGGAACGCCCACCAGGUCCCUCCACUCGCAGACAAGACGCUAUUCAAAGAGCAAUGCUAUAUUAAUGGACAAUGGGUAAAUGCCCGAAGCGGCAAGAGCUUCGAAGUUCACGACCCAGCAACAGGAAAAGUCAUUGGCACCAUGCCUGAGAUGAACAAGGACGACACCAAUGAUGCGAUCCAAGCGGCAUCCGAUGCUUUGGUUUCGUUUCGAAAGACUACUGCGAGACAAAGGGCGGAUAUCCUCAGAAAGUGGUACAAUCUCCUGAUCGAGAACAGCGAAGAUCUGGCAAGGUUGAUUACCUGGGAAAACGGCAAGCCCUUCACAGAUGCCAAAGGCGAAGUCGCCUAUGCUUCGAGCUUUUUCAACUGGUUCAGCGAAGAAGCACCGCGACUAACAGGGGACACGAUACCAGCUACUGUCGCAGGAAAUAGGGUGUUCACCGUGAAGGAACCUGUUGGAGUUUGUGGACUGAUUACACCAUGGAAUUUCCCAGCAGCCAUGAUCACGCGUAAAAUCGGACCGGCACUUGCAGCAGGCUGCACAGUAGUCGCCAAGUCUCCCGGCGAGACACCUUACACCGCUGCCGCUAUUAUGGAGUUGGGUCACCGGGCCGGGAUCCCAGCUGGUGUUGUCAAUAUUGUUACAUCACUCGAGAAUACGCCCGAAGUGGGCGAAGCGAUUACAUCGAGCAACAUUGUCCGAAAGGUCUCCUUCACUGGAUCCACCGCAGUGGGCAAGCUGUUGAUGAAGCAAUCUUCCGACACCCUAAAGAAAUUGUCCUUUGAGCUUGGCGGCAAUGCUCCUUUCAUUGUCUUUGAUGAUGCAGAUCUCGAAACUGCUGUCAACGGCGCUAUUGCGAGCAAGUUCCGUGGCAGUGGUCAAACCUGCGUGUGCGCCAACAGAAUCUAUGUGCAAAAGGGCAUUUACGAGGAAUUCACAAAAGCUUUCACGGAGAAGGUGAAGAACUUCAGUGUCGGUCAUGGGUUUGACGAGGGCGUCACUCAUGGCCCGCUUAUUCACGAUCGAGCAGUCAGAAAAGUGCAAUCGCAUGUUGAUGACGCUGUACAGAAUGGCGGCAAAGUUCUUGCUGGUGGAAAGGUGCUGUCGGAGCUGGGACCCAACUUUUACGCGCCUACUGUCAUUCGUGACAUGACGAAGCAGAUGAAGAUCUCGUCCGAGGAGACAUUUGGACCUGUCGCAGCGCUUUUCCCAUUCGAGACUGAGAAAGAAGUUGUUGAGCUGGCCAAUGCUGCUGAAGUCGGACUUGCAGGCUACUUCUUCUCUAAGGACAUUCAGAGAUGUUACAGAGUGGCGGAGCACCUGCAGUUCGGCAUGGUUGGCAUCAACACAGGCAUCAUUUCGGACCCUGCAGCACCUUUCGGCGGCGUGAAGCACAGUGGUUUUGGACGCGAAGGAUCAAAAUAUGGUAUCGAUGAAUACAUUGUGGUCAAGACGAUGACUUUGGGAGGUGUUGGAGAUUUGCAGGGCUGAAGCGAAGGUUUCGCAAGAAAUAACGCGAAAGGAUGCAUCACGAAUGAUGGUCGGGCACUCCGAGGAGAGCCUUUGUACAAAGGCAGCAUAACUAAAAGCGAAUGUGUAUCAAUACCUGAGCAGUUUCGAGC